GUAUAGAUUUUGGUUGUGCAUGUGUGUGGUGUUUUAAGGAAAAUGGUUGUGUUUAAUAAUUAAAGUUCGUGAUAGAAAAUUAAAGAUCCGAUGAUGGUCUUGGACCAUUUAAAAUUUAGUUACUGUGUAAAAACAAGCAAGACUUUAAGGAUAAUAUCCAAGUGCUUACCUAAGAAAGCUUCAAACUCAUUUGAAGCUUUCGAGGCCGUGUUCAUGGAACUAUGAACCUAGAUUCGUUGUCGUUUACUUUGUCACAAAUAAGUUAUUUAAUUGCAACAUUAACGAAAAAGAACCAGAAGCAAGUUGUCGAGGAACUUUCGCAGUUAGUGACGUUGCAUGGUCUGGAGGCGGACCGUCACUUGCUUCAAUGUCUAUUCUCAGCAGUGGAUUUUUCUGAAUCUACAACAAAAGUAUCAGUACAAUCUCCACAUAACCAGGUUCUCCUCAAACAGUGCUCGAAAUUAUUAAACAAGCCAGCGUUACUGACAGCGGUCUGUUAUGUCACAGAUCACCCUUUAUUUAAUGAUAAGGCGCUGAAGCUUGGUCAGCAAUUGUUCCACCACUUGAGCAAGUUGCUUCGACUCACCGCCGUCCAGGAAGUGUUGUUCGCUCUCGCGUUACGUCACUCGUCCGUACCCGAAAUCGUCUCGCAAGCCCAAACGCAUUUACGGGCCACUGUCCCCCUAUUGGUGCAAUCUUAUAUAGAGACAGAGGGCAGUAGCCGCCAACACGAGGGCGGCCUGCACGAAACCUCGCCCGAAGUGUUACAUUUUAUAUUGUCCGCGAUUUUAGAAGCGCCGAAAGAGGUCGGACUCACCAACGGUACACACACCACGUUCUUGAAUACAUUGCAAAAAGACUUCCCUAAGGGCCGCGUUCCCGUUGUUUUAGCGCCUUUAGUAUAUCCGGAACAGUGCGAGUUAGCUCCGGACAUGUCUUCGGAGGGUGCGGGUUUGACGGGGGGCGGUAUGUUGGAUACGUCCCUCGCGGAUAUGGUCAAGGAAAUCGGUUACGGGUUCACGUCGUCGCUGGACGAGUGCCGCAAUAAUUUGAUAAAACUCGGCGGGCGGGACAUCGCACCUUCGACGGUUGCUAGAGUGCUAGCGGUCAUGUGCCGCACGCACGGCACCUCCUCCGACGAUUCCCUCGCGAAUUUUUCGAACAAGGGCUCCGCGUGGAACACCGACGUGUUCGUCCAAGCGCUCAAAGAGGUGUCGCCCUCGUUACAAUGGAACAACGUGGUCGCCGAACUCGAUCAUCCCGAAUUCGCGAUCAAAGAUCGUCAGGGACUUAUAGUGUUGAUAAGCGCGCUGAGGCAGGGUUUCCAGGCGCUCGGUUUUCAUCCGGAAACGUUUCCCGUCGAUCAUUUCUACAAGCGGUGGACGAGUGUCGACGGACAGUUCGGUUUGAUACAGACGAUAUUGAAAAACUCGGACGUGUUUUGUUUCGCCGAUUAUCCGUGUAUAUCGGUCGCCGUUGACGUGCUGAAAACGCCCCCGGAUCAGGACGGUAAAGAGUUGGCGAACUGGCGCUCGCUGAAUCUCGUCGAAUUGCUCCUCAGCAUGUCCGAAUAUGGACUGUAUAAUCACGUGCAGGAACUGUUUAAGGUGCCGAUGCACGGUUGCCCCGAUGUCCUGGUGCUGGCGCUCUUGCAGGUCUCGGGGCCGGUAACCCUGUUGCGUCAAGAGUUGUUGACGAAUUUAAUACCGCACUUCUUAGGUACGCAUCCGAAUUCCGGAAUUAUACUGCACCACGCGUGGCACACGCAGAACAUAAAUAUCAAGCCGGUCAUAAUGCACGCGAUGGCCGAAUGGUACGCGCGCGGCGACUGCGAUCAGACACGUUUGUCCCGCAUACUGGACGUGGCCCAAGACCUGAAGGCUUUGUCGAUGUUACUUAACGCUCAGUCCGCGCAAUCCUACCCAUUCAUCAUCGACCUCGCGUGUUUAGCCUCCCGUCGGGAAUACCUCAAGCUGGAAAAAUGGCUGUCGGACAAAAUCAACGAACACGGCGAGGCAUUCGUGACGGCUUGCAUCAAGUUCCUGCACCGCAGGGUGCCGCAGAUCGGCAAAGCUGACGACUCGUUGACGAAGGUUGUACCCCUUCCGACCGAAACCCUGUCGACGAUGAUGCUGUGCCUGCAACGGUCCAUGACGAACGUCAGUCCCGAAUGUUCGGAUGCGAUAGUGGCCCUUAUCACUAGCUGCACGCUAUUUUUGAAAUCGCGGCAGCAACAACAGCAACAGCCCAACGCGCUACUGAGGGGCAGGGCCAUGGAGGCGGGCAUCAAUCCUUCAGUGUUCGCUAGUCAGUUGUACAAUCACACGGGGGUCGAUCCUAUUCAAAGUUUGGGGACCAGUUUGGGCAAUAUCAAUUUAGGUCCCACGAGCACCGCCUUCAACUUGCAAGGCGGUCUGGGGCCCCUGGUGCAGUCCCCGGGCUCCCCGUCGCGUCUCAUAAGCGGCCCCUCCAACAGCCCGUUCCCCCUGAUGCCGAUACAGCAUCAGGGCCCCGUGGGGGCGGGCUCGUCGUUGGUGCUCGGCGUGAACCAGAUCGGCAACCUGGGCCGGAUGGGCGGUCCCGCCUCCGGCAUCGACAAGGCCCGCAUAUCCGAGUACAAUUUGUUCUCGGACGGGGCGGGGCACGUUUCAAAAGAGAUCGAAGACGAAGCGAACAAUUACUUCCAGCGGAUUUACAAUCAUCCGCCUCAUCCGACCCUGUCCAUUGACGAAGUACUCAGCAUGCUGAAACGGUUCCAAGACUCGCCGAGCAAACGCGAAAAGGAAGUGUUCAAUUGCAUGCUGCGCAGCUUGUUCGAAGAGUACAAGUUUUUCCCUCAAUAUCCGGACAAGGAGCUCCACAUCACCGCGCAGCUUUUCGGCGGCAUUAUCGAACGCGGCAUCGUAACGUCCUACGUCACCCUCGGGUUGGCGUUGCGCUUCGUGCUGGAAGCGUUGAAGAAAUCGGAGGGAUCGAAGAUGUACUAUUUCGGUAUCGCGGCCCUCGACCGCUUCAAAAGCAGACUGAAGGAGUACCACAAGUACUGCGAGCACGUGCGCGCGAUUUCGCACUUCAGCGAGUUCCCGCAGCAUUUGCAGGAGUACGUCGAGUUCGGUUUACAAGGAAUGGAACCGCCUAGUAAACCCGAAGGUUCCGUGUUGCCCGCCAGUUUGGCAACUAUGCUGGCUCCUCCGAAUGUUGCCAUUUCGCAAGUGUACAAAACGACGUCGGUGGCGGCGAGCAGCACUCCGACGUCGAGCAAAACGAGCACCACCACGGCCAACACUCUGAGCAGCAGGCCGUCGAUAGCGAACGCGACCAACAUAGACACCUUGCUCGUGGCGACGGAGAAGGAGGAGAAGGCGACCGCGCCUCCCGAGGCGUUGCAAGACAAGAUCGCCUUCAUAUUUAACAACCUGAGCCAGUUGAACUUGAAGACAAAAUGCGACGAGUUGAGGGAACUUGUUUUGGAGGAGUACUACCCUUGGCUCGCCCAGUACCUCGUCAUGAAACGGGCGUCGAUCGAAUUCAAUUUUCACGGUCUCUAUUCGAACUUUAUCGACACCAUCGGCAUGCCCGAUCUCUACAAGAUGGUCGUCAAGGAGACGUUCAGGAAUAUCAGGGUCCUUUUGAGGUCGGACAAGGCCAUCGCCAACUUUUCGGACAGGUCUUUGCUGAAGAAUCUCGGCCACUGGCUCGGUAUGCUUACAUUGGCCCGCAACAAGCCGAUUUUGCAAAUCGAGCUGGACUUGAAAUCGCUACUGGUCGAAGCCUACCAUAAGGGACAGCAGGAGUUGCUCUAUGUCGUUCCUUUUGUGGCUAAGGUUCUGGAGUCGUGCGCGAAAAGUAAAGUUUUCAAGCCGCCGAAUCCAUGGACGAUGGCCCUAAUGAACGUGUUGGCCGAGUUGCACUCCGAGCUCGAUCUCAAAUUAACCUUGAAAUUCGAGAUAGAGGUGCUGUGCAAAAAUUUGGAAAUCGAUGUCGCCCAUCUGAAAGCGGCGGUCUACUUGAAGGACCCGCACAGGGUCAACAAGAUCGAGUACCAACUCUCGCCGAUCGUCAAGAAAGAGACGGGAGGAUCGACGAGUUCUAGUCAGAUCGUUAACAUAUCCGACCCGGAACUGGCGAACAUUAUCCCCGGACAGGCUACCAGCUCCCCGAUCGUGCAGAACGCGAGCACCACGCCCACCUCGUCCCUGACCGCCCCACCGGAGCCCCGUUUCGGCUACAACGACAUCCAGAUCAACGGAAUGGGCGCGUUCCAGGUGCACACGGUGAUAUCGCCGUCGAUUUUGCUUUUCCAGACGCAGCCCCAGCUGAAGCCGCUGGUCAGGACGGCUAUCGAACGCGCCGUUCAAGAGUGGAUCGCACCAGUCGUCGACAGGUCGAUAAAGAUCGCCCUGCAGACCUGCGAGCAAAUUAUCAGGAAGGAUUUCGCCUUGGAAUCGGACGAGGACAGGAUGCGGAUGGCCGCCCAUUAUAUGGUUCGUAACUUGACCGCAGGCAUGGCGAUGAUCACGUGCCGCGAUCAGCUUCUAACCGCCAUCAGUACCCACCUGAAACAGGCUUUGAACGCGAACUUGGUCACGCCCAGCGGACAACAGAAAGACAUGAUCGAACAGGCCGCCAAUAUCGUGGCCACCGAUAACAUGGAGCUCGCGUGCUGCUUCAUACAGAAAACCGCGGUGGAAAAAGCGAUACCGGAGAUCGACAAACGAUUGAUAAGCGAAUACGAGCUGCGCAGGAUGGCGAGAAAGGAGGGCCGGUGUUACUGCGACGCGAUCGCUCUCACUUAUCAAGUCGAACGUAUGCCGGAACCGAUCCGACUGAAAGUGGGCGGACUGACGUCCACCCAGAUGGCGGUUUACGAGGAAUUCGCCCGGAACAUACCCGGAUUUUUACCGAACGAACGUGACGCGUCCCUAUUGAUGCAGAAAACUGCGAUGACGCCGCUCGAACCGCAGCCCCACCCGGCCACGCCUUUCCCCCCCGUCGCUCAGACGACGUUGCCGAGCGACGAUAUGACGCUGCUGUUCGAGAAGCUGACGGCGGAGGUGGAGCAGUUUAUCCAGCUGACCGGGCAACAGGCGCAGUACCUGCACAUGAACAACAACAUGGUCGUCAUACGGGACUGUUUCGUGCACUUUUUGAGGAACCGAGACGUCACGCCUCCGCAGGCGAUCGUGCAGAAGUGCGUCGAAAGCUUGCAGGAUUGCCUCGUGCCGACGUUGAACGACACCGAUCCCGUCGUGCUCCGUUUCAAAGAGGUGAUCGUCCGGAUAUUGAAGACUAUGCAAGACCAUCGGAUUUUCGGGCAACAGUGGACCAACAAAUUCACGACACGUUACCUUACGGACUGUCGGGACGAACAACAGCGCUACAACAUCGACGCGGUCGAUACCCUGAUUAAAUCGGGCCUGGUCAACGUGCCCCAGUACGAUAUGGCGCUCGCGCAGUGCCUCGAGAACGGUCUCAACUAUAUGGGCGUCAGUUUUGCCAUGCAAUUGGUCGAACAUUACUUGAUCAACGAUCGAUCGGGAAGUUUUAUCUCGGAGAGCGACCUGUGCAAUACGAUCGAGAUAUUGGCGAAGAUCCAGACGCACACGCGUCCCCCGCCCGAAGGUCUGGGCAACAUGAUGGACAUACUACGUCAGAACCACGACUCGUCGGUUUUCGGGGAACGCGCACCGAUGGGACCCACGGUCCACAUACACAACGGCAUUUUGCAGGUGAGAGCGCCGAAUUUCGAGGAUCCGCCAGGCCUGGUCGAAAAAACAGACUACCUGCUGCGCGACUGGAUCGGCAUUUACAAUUCUCAGCACCAGGGUCGCGACUCGACCAAAGCGUUUAGCAUGUUCGUGCACCAGAUGAACGUCCACGGCAUAUUGAAAACCGACGACCUGAUCACGCGAUUCUUUCGUCUAUCCACUCAGCUCUGCGUCGAGACCGUCUACAGGGCGUUGCAGGACAAAUCGAACCCGAACAUGAACCUGAUCAGGCCCAAGUGUUACCACACAUUGGACGCGUUCGUGCGCUUGGUCGCGUUGCUUGUGAAGCAUUCGGGCGACGCGAACAACACAACCACCAAGAUCCACCUGCUCAACAAGGUGCUCGGUAUAGUCGCGGGAUGCCUGCUGCAAGACCACGAUACCAGGACGAUCGAGUUUCACCAAAUGCCCUACCAGCGCAUAUUCACCAUGUUGUUCCUGGAGUUGAACGCCCCCGAGCCGGUUUUGGAAGCGAUCAACAUGCACGUGCUGACUGCUUACUGCCACACGCUUCACAUCCUGCGGCCGUCGAAGGCGGCGGGAUUCUGCUACGCGUGGCUCGAGCUCGUCUCGCACCGCGUCUUCAUGGGUCGCAUGCUGGCCAGCGCUCCGCAACAAAAAUGCUGGCCCCUUUACGCUCAGCUCCUCGUCGACCUCUUCAAAUAUCUCGCCCCGUUUCUACGGAACGCGGAACUCGCGAAACCCGUGACAUAUUUGUACAAGGGCACGUUACGGGUGCUGCUGGUGCUGCUCCACGAUUUUCCCGAAUUCCUCUGCGACUACCAUUACGGUUUCUGCGACGUCAUACCGCCGAACUGCAUCCAGAUGCGGAACCUGAUCCUGUCGGCGUUCCCGCGGAACAUGAGGCUGCCCGAUCCGUUCACUCCCAACCUGAAGGUCGACAUGCUCCCGGAGAUCGCUUACGGGCCGCGCAUCCUCACCAACAUAUCGGUCAUCAUCACUCCCGCCCAAUUCAAGAAGGACCUCGACUCGUACCUGAAGGCCCGCGCACCCGUCAUGUUUUUGUCCGAGCUCAGGAGCAAUCUGCAAAUAUCGAACGAGCCCGGGGUCCGGUACAACAUACAACUGAUGAACGCGCUCGUAUUGUACGUCGGCACCCAGGCGAUCGCCUAUAUCCGCAACAAGGGCCACACCCCCAGCAUGUCGACGAUCGCCCACAGCGCCCACAUGGACAUAUUUCAAAAUUUGGCCGUCGAUCUCGACACGGAGGGCAGGUACCUGUUCCUGAACGCCAUAGCGAACCAGCUACGGUACCCCAACAGCCACACCCACUAUUUCUCGUGCACGUUGCUGUAUCUGUUCGCGGAGGCGAACACGGAAGCGAUCCAGGAACAGAUCACGCGGGUGCUGCUCGAACGAUUGAUAGUCAACAGGCCCCACCCGUGGGGUCUACUGAUCACGUUCAUCGAGCUCAUCAAGAACCCCAACUACAAGUUUUGGCAGCACGAGUUCGUGCACUGCGCGCCCGAAAUUGAAAAUUGCAUGCUGUUUGUCAGUAUCAUGUACGAGUCAUUGUUACUGUACAACUUCAUCCGUCAGAAAGCGUCGGAGUCCCGUUUAGAAAUACUUGAAAAUAAAGGGCAACCCGCAGGAUGAGAGAGGUUAUUCGAAUCGGUCGCAAGGUCGUGUUUCGUCAAGACUACAGUCCAACUCCAACAGGAAGGGACCGAGAUCCAAGAAUGAUAAUCAAAGCAAAACCCUUUGUGAUCUGUAUAUAUAAAGCUUACUUUAUAUUCGCG